UUUGGCCGAACCAUACCAUCUUGUCCUUGACCAUGUCCGUGUUCAUGUCCAAACAUAGACAAACAAUACCAUUAUCAGACACGAAACCUCAAAACCAAAAUCUGUCACCAUUUUGACAAUCCAAAACUAUAUAACAAACAAAACUUCGAUAAAUUACGUGCUCUGUCUCUUGAAUCAAUCAACUCAAAGACCAUGACAACCUUAAACAUUAAUAUUCCUAUAUUCAUAUACCAUGAUAUUCUAACAUCUAACACCAAAACCACGCAUAUACACAAUUUUUUCGCUUCAGGCACUUUGUUCGGAGUUCUUAGCCAUGUCCAUGCAUGUCCACGUCUUCGUCUUCUUAACGCUUGCAUCUUUUCGGCAACGCCGUCGAUGUCUCAGUCGCAAACCGCAGCUUCCUGCAAUGGAAUAUUCGUCUCCUACGUCUACACCGGCGGCGAGCGGCUGCCGCCGAACGUUUCCGACGCGACGCAGCAGCCUUACCGGUUCGAGUCGAGGCUGACAGUGCUGAACAACGGGUUGGAGGAGCUGAAGUCUUGGAAGGUGUUCGUGGGGUUUCAGCACGGCGAGUGGUUGGUUUCCGCGUCGAACGCCGUGCUCGCGGACGGUACAAGUAUUCCCGGUGCGGUUGGGAACGGCACCGUGUUGAGCGGGUCGUCGGUGAAGGAUCUGAAGACGGCGGUGGCGACCGCCGGCGACUUGACCCAGAUGCAGGUUCAGGUGGAGAUGGUGGGGAGCCUUCUUGGGGUGGCACCACCUUCCGUGCCGAUGCCUCGGUCGGUUACUUUGGCUAACGAUGGAUUCGUCUGUGGUCAACCCUCCGGAGAAGGGAGCAAUGAAACGCAUGUGUGUUGCAGAAGUGAUCCCAGUUCCAGAACAAACGUGAGCACAGAGGUAGAGUUUCUUCCCCGUGAGAAGGGUGAUCUUAGCAUCACAUACGACAUCAUCAGAACCUACGAUUCCAAUUACUGGGCAGAGGUUACAAUCGCAAACGACAACCCUUUGGGCCGUCUCGAUAACUGGAGACUAAGCUGGGACUGGCAAAACGACGAGUUCAUCUACACGACAAAGGGUGCAUAUCCAUUAAAAGUGGAUUCCUCCGACUGUGUUUUCGGUUCUCAAGGUAGUUUCUACAAGGAACUAGACUUUGCUAACGUCUUGAACUGUGAAAGAAGGCCAACCAUAGUGGAUCUUCCUCCCUCAAGGUUCAACGAUUCAGAACUCGGUCAAAUCCCAUUCUGCUGCAGGAAUGGCACCAUCUUGCCACCAACAAUGGACCCUAGCAUGUCAACUUCAAGGUUCCAAAUUCAAGUCUUCAAAAUGCCACCCAACCUUAACCGCUCCACCCUCACACCUCCUCGUAACUGGGAGAUAAAGGGUACCUUUAACCCUAACUAUGAAUGUGGCAACCCUAUCAGGGUUAGUCCAACUGAAUCCCCUGACCUCACUCACCCUCCAUCAAACAAAUCAUCAAUUGCAACUUGGCAAGUGGUCUGCAACAUCACAAGCACAGAACGUGAAACUCCCAAGUGCUGCGUUUCUUUCUCAGCUUAUUACAAUGAAUCGGUUAUCCCAUGCAACACGUGUGCAUGUGGAUGUCCAAGUAAUCCGGAGAGAACAUGCAGCGCAGCUUCACAAGCUAUGUUGCUUCCACCGGAGGCACUUCUUGUCCCUUUUGAGAACCGAACUAAGAAGGCCGUUUCUUGGGCUGAGAUUAAACAUUUACCUGUGCCUAAUCCCAUGCCUUGUGGUGACAACUGUGGUGUGAGCAUAAACUGGCACGUGGCCACGGAUUACCGCAAAGGUUGGACCGCGAGGGUGACACUUUUCAACUGGGGUGACACCAGUUUUGCUGACUGGUUUGCUGCAGUGGAAAUGGACAAAGCUGCGAAGGGGUUUGAGGAAGUGUACUCGUUCAACGGAAGCCUUUUGGAGAGUGUGGAGAACACGAUCUUCAUGCAAGGGAAAGAGGGGUUGAAUUUUCUUGUGGCGGAAACUGAUGGAUCUAACCCUCGGAAAGAUCCUAGGGUGCCGGGGAAACAGCAAUCGGUGAUCUCGUUUACGAAGAAGGAGACCCCUGGAAUCAAUGUGGUUGGUGGUGAUGCGUUUCCAAGUAAAGUGUUCUUCAAUGGGGAAGAAUGUUCUCUUCCUUCGGUGUUACCAAGCAGUGUUGCGAGAACGGAGGUUCCUUUGGCUACUAUGAUGUUCUUACUGAUGUUGUUGUCGGUCUUCUUCAUGUCGCAAUAGUGGCACUGUUUGAUCGGUUGUUGUUCUGUGACAGGGUUUAUUUAGCCACAUCAUCAUCAUCAUGUGUUGUAUA